AUGGUCAAGUCGACUAUCACUCUAGCUUCUGGCAAGGAAAUGCCCCUCGUGGGCUUCGGCCUGUGGAAGGUCCCUAAAGAAACCGCCGCCGAUACUGUCUACAACGCUAUCAAAGCAGGGUAUAGAUUAUUCGACGGUGCCUACGACUAUCAGAACGAAAAGGAGGCUGGCGAGGGUAUCCGUCGCGCCAUUGCAGACGGCCUAGUGACCCGCGACCAGAUCUUCAUUACUACCAAGCUAUGGAACAACUACCAUCGCCGCGACCACGCCCUAGCCAUGGCUAGGAAGCAGAAUGAGACCUGGGGCCUUGGGUACAUUGACUUGUUCUUGAUCCAUUUCCCCUGCGCAUUGAAGUAUAUCGACCCAGCCGUGCGACAAUACCCGGCCUGGUGGAUGGAUGAUGCCGGCACCGUCGAGACGGACAAGGUCCCUAUCCGCGAAACCUGGGAGGCGAUGGAGGAGAUCGUGGACAACGGUAUUGCCCGCAGCAUAGGCGUCAGCAACUUCCAGGCACAGUCGAUCUACGAUAUCCUCAGCUACGCCCGCCACCCGCUCUCCUCUCUGCAGGUCGAGCAUCACCCCUACCUCGUGCAGCCCGAGCUUGUCCAGGUCGCUCAGGAGAAAGGCAUUGCGGUCACCGCUUAUUCUAGCUUCGGCCCCCAGUCCUUUGUCGAAAUGCCCGCACAAUUCUCCGAGAAGGCCAAGGAUAUUCCAUUGCUCUUUGAUGCCGAGCCUGUUAAAGUGAUUGCUGCGAAGUAUAAUGUCACACCUGCUCAGGUUCUUCUGCGAUGGGCAACCCAGCGUAAUGUUGCCGUGAUACCCAAGUCAAAUAACCAGUCUCGUCUUGCGCAGAACUUGGAUGUCGUGGGCUUCGACAUGACUGCGGACGAGCUCACGUCUAUCGCUGCUUUGGACAAGGGCUUGCGCUUCAACGACCCCGGUCACUACCUGCCCAACCACCCGAUCCGCAUCUUUGCUUAG